UCGAGGAGUGUGGUUGAUUUUGUGGAAGUGCUAUUCGCGUGUAAAAUAUUUAAUAUAUAUCAGCCCCUGAUGGAAAUAAAAUCUCAUUAAAUACAGUAGAAUCGCGGAAAAAUUAACAAAUAUUCCAUAUUAGUAAGAAGUCUUCUGACAACUAUAGCCAAACAUGUUAGCACAUCCCUGCCGUCUGUCUACGACCAAACGGCUGGUGGCUCUGUUAUUCGCCACAUUAUUUGCCUGCAGUAGCAUUUUUAGCGUUGAGGCGCAACUCGCCGGUAAACUCAUACAAGAUCCAUGUGUAAACAAGGCAUCCUGUCAUGAUUGCAUACAAACACAAAAUUGCGCUUGGUGCAUGGAACCCGAUUUUAUAGAUUUGCCACGUUGUUUCAAAAAUAGUUUACAAAAUUAUUGCAAAGAGGAGUACACCUGGAACCCUUUUACAGAGCAAAAAUUCACUAUCAAUCGUGAAUUAACGCGUGGUGGUAACGCCAGCGCCGCAGCUGGUUACGGUUACGGUUAUGGUGGCUCAUACGAAGCGAGUUCAUCAUAUAGUAGCUCAUCGUCCAGUUCGUCCUAUGCCGGCGCUUAUGGUGGCGCAGCCGCCGCCGGUGCUUCAGCUUCCAGUGGUGAAAUCGUGCAAAUCAGUCCACAACGUGUGAGCCUCAAGUUGCGUAUAAAUCAAUUGCACUCGUUAAAUAUGCGCUACUCGCAAGCUAUUGAUUAUCCCGUCGACUUAUACUAUUUGAUGGACUUGUCUAAAUCUAUGGAGGACGAUAAGGACAAACUGUCGGCUUUGGGCGAUAAGCUGUCGGAAACUAUGCGCAAUAUUACUUCGAAUUUCCGUUUGGGCUUUGGUUCGUUUGUGGACAAGGUGCUAAUGCCUUACGUCUCAACUAUACCCAAAAAACUCGAAAGGCCCUGCGAUGGCUGUGAGGCACCGUACGGUUACCGCAACCAUAUGCCUCUGAGUACCAAUACCUCAACGUUCACUUCUGAAGUGAGUCGUGCUGCUGUGUCCGGCAAUUUGGAUGCACCUGAGGGUGGUUUCGAUGCUAUUAUGCAGGCAAUUGUUUGCCGUCAGCAAAUCGGUUGGCGUGAAAAAGCGCGUCGUCUGCUCGUCUUCUCAACGGAUGCUGGCUUCCAUUAUGCCGGUGAUGGCAAGCUUGGCGGCGUGAUUGCACCCAACGAUGGCGAAUGUCAUUUGAGCGGUGAAGGCCUUUACACACACUCCGUCAUACAAGAUUACCCCAGCAUCUCACAAAUCAACCACAAGGUCAAGCAGAAUUCAAUUAACGUCAUUUUCGCAGUUACCGCCAAUCAGCAUUCGGUAUAUGAGAAGCUAGCACAGCAUAUUGAGGGUUCUUCAAGCGCGGUGCUAUCGGAGGAUUCCUCGAACGUUGUCGAUUUGGUGCGCUCUGAAUAUAGCAAAAUUUCCUCUGCCAUUGAAAUGAAGGACAACGCCACAAGCAAUGUAAAAAUCACCUAUCACUCAGCUUGUCUGAAUGGCGGCCCCGAAAUACCCACCGCCAAGUGUGACGGUCUCAAAGUUGGCGAUGUGGUUAAUUUCACUGCACAGAUUUUGGUGACCUCUUGUCCAACGGAUCCGCGUGAAUGGAAUCAAGUCAUACAAAUCUAUCCUGUUGGCAUUAAUGAGAGUCUGGUUAUCGAUUUUGAAAUGCUUUGCUCCUGUCCAUGCGAACGUCCCGGCACCACCGGCUACGAAGCACACUCAUCCAAAUGCAGCAAUCACGGUACACUGAUGUGUGGCGUCUGCGAGUGUGAUGAUAUGCAUUUCGGUCACAAUUGUGAGUGUUCAACGAGUGAUGUGCAUACUGGCAGCGACAAGGAUUUGGUGUGCCGUGCGGACAAUACCACACAGGUGGAUUGUAAUAACCGUGGCACUUGUCUGUGUGGCGUGUGCGAAUGUGAGAAACGUUCCAAUCCCGAGGAAAUUAUUUCCGGCAAAUUCUGUGAAUGUGAUAACUUCUCGUGUGAACGUCGUAAAAAUGUGCUGUGCUCUGGACCUGAUCAUGGCACAUGCGAGUGCAGUCACUGUGUUUGCAAGCCAGGUUGGACGGGUUCGGCAUGUGAUUGCCGUGAAUCGACUGACACCUGCAUGCCACCAAAUGGCGGCGAACUUUGUUCGGGAAAUGGCAAUUGUGAAUGUGGUGCCUGCAAAUGCAAAUCUACGCCUGACGGUCGUUAUUCAGGCAAAUUCUGUGAGAAGUGCCCCACAUGCGCGGGUCGUUGCAUCGAACUGAAAAACUGUGUACAAUGUCAAAUGUACAAGACCGGUGAAUUCAAGGAUGACGACAAAUGUGCCGCCAAUUGCACCAACUUUUUCGUGCCCAUUAGCGAGGAGAAAAUCGUUAUCGAUGAGGAGAAAGAUGAACUGAUUUGUAUAUUCUUUGACGAAGAUGACUGCAAAUAUACAUUUAAAUAUAGUGAAGUGAACGGCAAACUCGAAGUACAUGCACAGCAGGAGCGUGAAUGUCCACCAAAAGUGUUCAUGUUGGGCAUUGUCUUGGGCGUUAUAGCCGCAAUCGUCUUAGUCGGCUUAGCCAUAUUGCUUUUGUGGAAAUUACUGACAACCAUACACGAUCGCCGCGAGUUUGCACGUUUCGAGAAGGAGCGCAUGAACGCCAAGUGGGACACGGGCGAGAAUCCAAUCUACAAGCAAGCCACAUCUACUUUCAAGAACCCAAUGUACGCCGGUCAGUAAGCUUCACCAUUGGAGCAGAGCCAAUAACGGCAAAACAAAUAAUGAAUUUGCUUGGGCAAUGUUGCAUUGUUUGGGUUACGAAUUUCUCUCUAAUUGCCAUACAGUAAAGGAAGUUUCUAACAGGAGCUGCGUAUUUAUAUGUGAAAAAUGAAACGUACAUAUUUUUAAAUAAGACAAAACAUAAAGCUAAAUGUAUAUCCUUAUGUGUGCGAGCAACAGCUAUUUGUGACGCUGUGCAAACAAUACAAGCAUUGAACUGAAAUUUUUAUAAGUAAAAAAGCAUUUGGCUUAAGUGUUUUUAGACAGUCGAAAUUUCUAUAAAUGCACCUAGUUGUUGUUGUGUGCUAACGUUUGCAUAAUGAGGAUAAUUUUCAACCUUAUACUGCCAUUAAUAUAUACCUAUACAAACAUAUAUACACAUUUUAAGCAGGAAUGGCGAUAACUUAACGCGCAGUAAUGCAUGUGCCUUGGAAAUGAUAUACAGUUUAGAUAUACAUAUACACAAACAUAAUAGAAAAAAAUUGAUUCUUUUGAAUUUCACAUACAGAUAUACAGAAGCAAACUUCAGACAGCCAAACAACUAUAUAGCAUCAUAAGAGAGUAGAAGUUUUCGUGGUAGCUCUUCCUAACCUUAAAAAAAAAAAAA